AUGGAGAAGACGCGCCUUGUUGAGGUGAAACUUCAAGAGGACGAGGAGCGCUUCAUGGUGGAAAAGCACGUCGUGGAGGAAAAGCACCUUGUGGAGCAAAAGCGCCUUGUGGAGGAGCAGCGCCUCGCCAAGAUGAAGCAACAGUGGCUCCGGACAACUACCACCAGCAGCCCUGCCGGCAGCACCACCAGCACCACCACCACCGCCGCCGCCACCUCCGCCACUGCCACCACCUCCGCCACUCUUGUGCAGGGCCCAAUUGCUCCGAGCUUUGGAGAAGAGGGCUUCCAAGAAGAGAAUGCAAACUCUGGAGCCACUGAGCCACGAUCUGAACCAGCGCAGCCCUCCUCCUCACUCAUCCAGGCCUUUGAAGCAAAGACAGAGGUUAUGGUGGAGACAAAGGAAGAGGUGAAGGAGGAGGUGAAGGAAGAGGCAGAGGAGGAGAAAUCAGAGGAAGAGAAGACAAAGGAGGACGAUAUUGUGAUGGAGACAAUGGAGGAGAACACGGAGGGAGAGGAUAAAGACAAUACGGAGGUGGAGGACCAGGACAAAACAAAAGAUGAACAGAUGGUCGUGGUGGGGGAGAUGAUGGAGAUGGACAAAGGGGAAACAAUGGUGGUGGAGGAGGAAGAGAAGAUGGUGGUGGAGGAGAUGGUGCUGCAGGAAGAUGAGGAGAUGAUGAAGGAGGAGAUGGUGGUCGGGAAGGGGGAGAAGAUGGAGAAGAAGACAAAGGUGGAGCAGGAAGAGGAGCAGAAGGUAGAGGAGAAGAUGGUGGUGGUGGAGGAUGAAGAGAAGGAGAUGGAGGAGGAUGAGACAGAGGAGGAGAAGAUGGAGGAGGUGCAGGAGGUGGUGAUGCACGAAAAGAAGAGGAAGCGAGGAGGCUUCGUUCACAUGGCGAGAGCAAUCACCUCACUCCUCCGCCGCGUGCUGCUUUGUGGCGGCAGGUCCACCGCCCAGUAGGGGUAGUCGUGGAUUGGUGCCAACCAUGACCGCUAUCACCACACUACCUACCCACCCCAUGACACACUUCACACGGUUCCCCAGAGAGAGGGUGCCACUGGGACCACAGCUGGGGAAUGAAGCUGAGCAGCAGAUGCCAGGACUACAGGAGAGAAUGACUGCUACCAGGACACCUCACAUCACACACACACACGGGACUAUCCCAAUAGCAUAGCCAGCCCCACACUGGGCCCCUUCCAUGCUGGUUUUCAUCCAGGCAGUCCUCAUGGGAUGACCUUGUCAUGGUUUCCAGGACAUGGAAGGGGCAGCUGACCCAGGGUGAGAGAGCUGGAGGGGUCACGUGCAGACAAUGAACAAAACCUACACGUGCCAAGUUUCAAGGCCACCCUGUUAAGAAUUAGGAUACAUACUAUUGUUGUUACCAUAAACUUUGUGAAAUCAACCUUUGAGGACACAGCAUAACGUUGCAUUGCUUGUGAGUGCUUCUUGGGUUGGUUAAAUGUGCCUUGGCUUGUGCGUGCG